UUAAUGUAUCUGAGGCACCUCCGGGGCGCCGGCGGAUCCCCCAUAGCCCUUGGACUGUGCCCAAAUCCCCCGGCCCUCUUCAUAUCCUUCGUGGGGCAUCAGACUCUCGAAAAUUACUUGCAGGAAAAGAGGACCGACGAAGAGCUUGUGGAAGUGGCCAUCGAUCUUUGCAUUAAGAUACAGGAAAUCCAUCAGAAGCACGUCAUUCACCACGACCUGAAGGAGGACAACGUCCUAGUGGACGCCCAAGGAAAGGUGCACGUUAUCGACUUCGGCAACGCCGAUAUGGAGGGUGAAAAGUGUUGCUAUUGUAGAGCAAGUUGGUCCCCCAUGUGGAUGGCCCCUGAGGUCUUCUCCGUCGUCCUGAGCCAUCCCACCCAAGACGUAUACUCCGUCGGGUACUUGCUCAUGACAAUAGCCGAGGUCAUGGAAUCUCCAUAAAAUCUGGAGAAGAUCGCGAUGGGAUUUCUGGAGGAGAAACCGGAGAAAAGGCAAACGCUGGAUGCAGGGCUGACUCUCCUGAAGGCUCUGAGGGGUGCUUGCGAACCAGAAUUCGUUACUGACACCAGUGACGUCGAGGCGUCCCUUUCUCACUGAUGCUUCCCUUGAAGAG